CUCGCCGCGAAUUGCGCCUGCCCUUCUACGUACCUGACUGCCGCCGCCGUCGCCACCGUCGCCGCCACCACCGUGAUAUACGUGUCCCUCCCUCGUCGAAGGAGAUAAAACCAACACGAGCCCGCUCUCCGGUGGGCAUUGUGCACCGGCCGCUAUUUACACGUCAUCGUAUAAUAGCGGCAACUACGUUCCUCAUUACCGCGUCGGUGCAGCGAAUGCGUGCGAAUGUCAGUUUUAGUGCGGGCAGUAAAAGACGCGAGGUACGCGCCCGUUGCGUGCGUCCGUGCAGUGUGUGUGUGUGUGUGUAUGUGUGUGUGUUACAUGUGUACGUGCCAGGACGCGUGUAACGUGUGCGUUACGAUUGCCGCUGUUCUAACGGCAGCGCCGUGACAUCGCCGAUUACGUCGCGCCGCGUGGUCGCCCUUUUCAUUAUCGUCUCGCUGGGUUUUCAAACGAAGGGUUAGACGGCGCGAUAAGAGACGGUCGCGAUCUCGAAGUGAUCCGGCAGUCCAGCCGAGAUCCGGCAAAUCGCCGAAGUAUACAACAACGCCUAGAACUAUACCGUGAACAACGGACAAAUUGACCAUUGAAUGCGCACGUUUCGGCGCAGUUCGGAAACUCGUAUGUAAUUAGUAUCCAGGUGACACCGGAGCCGAACGGGCCAGUAUUCAUGCCAGUAUGCCAAUCGAAUGCCGGUAGACGACCAGUAUCCGCCGUCGCCGAUAGCCAAUUAAUAAGUUAGUUAGAUCAAUUAGUAGUCAGUAGUACCGCAUUCUCGCUGAGGAAGAGAUCCAUUUCAUCGGUGUUUACGUCGCGACUACAGUGACUGCGAAAACGCGCGGAAUUCGAGCGUGCUUUUUUUGUGUUUUUCGUCGCCGAUUCUCGCGAAGCAAUAAGAAGCCGCGAUCGCGAUUGAAAACGGUCCGUCGCGCUUCUCUCGACGACAAUAAUUUCGCCGGCUCGUCCUCCUCCGGCGUCGCCGAAUUCGGGAACGGUAACCGGUGAAUCGUAGUGAAGUGAUAGUGACUGUUCCCCGACGAAGAGAAGGAGGAGCAAGAGGAGUAACAGCGAAGCGGGAGCAGACACCAUCCCGGCGGUGAUCACGGUGGCUGAAAACGCUGACUUACAUCGGGAACGCCAACCUGCAAUCAAGGUUCAUGGUUUUCAUGGAGGAGAGCGAGCUCUCGAGCAAGCGGUGGGCCAGUGCGCCCCGCCGCCCGGAUAGCCCCUGCAUCCUAGGGGCACCGACGUCUAGGGAGGCGGCGGGACCGCCGGUGCAGCUGGAGCCAGUGGACCUGUCCGUGAAAACUCCCGUGGUGUUGCAGGUGCCUCGGUACAGUCCAGCGGCGAUAAUUACCGCCGCCGCGAGAAGAGUGCCGUCGCCAUCGACGACGCCCACGCCGCCGCCGCCGCCGCCGCCGCCGCCGCCACCGCCGCCGCCAUCGCCGCUCUGCGUAUCUACCGUGUCGUUGGGCGAAACAGCGUGGGACAGAGAUCACAAUCGAGAUCGAGGCCGGGAGAGAAACCGGGAGCGCGAGCGCGACAGGGUGCGCGAGAGGAGCGGCGAGAACGAGAGGGAAUGCCAACAGGAACGAGAGCCCGGGAUCAGGGAGAGGGAGGCGCGGGAUCGAGAAAGGGAACGAGAUCGCGACAGGCAGCGGGACAGGGAGCGUGACAGGGAACGGGACGUGCCGGUCCGCGUGAUGGAGCCGCCCGAUUCUGUCUUCGUUUCCUCCUCCGCCGCCCUCCUCGCGUUGCAGAGGAUAAAGGAAGCGUCUUUCGUGUUCCACAAACGCCCGACGCUAGCGACCGGUAUCGGACUGGGCGGUAGAGGAAACGCCGGCGUUGGCGGAAACGGCGGUGGCUUAGGUGUUGACAGUGAGUGCGGCGAUGCGUUGAAAAGACGUAAGGUUCACAGAUGCGAUGUACCCGGCUGCGACAAGGUUUACACGAAGAGUUCGCACCUCAAGGCACACAAGAGGACCCACACCGGCGAGAAGCCGUAUCAGUGCACGUGGGAGGGCUGUACGUGGAAAUUCGCACGAUCGGACGAGCUGACGCGGCACUAUCGCAAGCACACGGGCCAAAAGCCGUUCAAGUGCCAUCUCUGUCAGCGAUCGUUUUCGCGAAGCGAUCACCUGUCGCUGCACAUGAAGAGGCACUGAUGAAGAGAGCAGGAGGAGGAGGAGGAGGAGGAGGAGGGCCGUGUAACCGUCGCCGUCGCCGCGACACAACGCGACGCGACGGAACGAAGGGGAGCCGGAGGAGCGGUCCUCGGCAAUCGAUCUUGAUCCCGAGUGAUCCUAGACGAGAGAUGGACGACGAUGAUAUUUUCUUACAUUUGGGACCUGAAGAGCCGCGCCACGAGCCGGUCCGUGUUCCACACGGCCGACCGGGCGGGCAGCAACUAGGGAAAAGAGAAGUAUAAUAGAUCGACGAAGUUAUAAAGCAAUUCGUUCGUUAGUCUUAGCGCUUAAUCGCGAGCCGAGCGAUCGAGCUCGAGAACGAUCUAGGGGGAUCGCGAUUCUCUCACACACGGUGCUCUGUCUCUUUCGCGAGACUUCUUUCGACUCUCGGGUUGUCUCUCGUCGCAUGGACGAUCGCGAGGUCGUUUCAUCCAGCAACAAGGACGCGAUCACAGCAGCAGCCGCGAUAAUCGGAUUCACACGUGUUUGAAUUAGAGGCGCUUGUUUUCGCGCGGCAAUUGCUGAGCCCUGACAGGGAGCGCGCGCGCGUCAUUUGUCGCUCUGCGAUUUCGCGACGCGGACCAAAAGGAUCCGCUCUCGUUGUCGAGAUCGAAUGCAGAAUUCGGCGCGACGAGACGAGUGUCGUCACACGUGUAAUCCGCACUCUUCUGUUUCUAGCCAAUUUUUACUCCAGUUCGAUUCCCCAGUUCUCGUUAUCUCCUUUCCCCACCCCUCCCAUUCUCCCUUUCUUUUUUUCUCUUCUUUUCUUUCUUUCUUUUUUUUUGUACGUUUAAGUAAGUCCAGCUCAACUAGUCUAGAGCAUCCAUAUAUCGAGUACAUCGUGAAGAAUAGAGCCAGUAAAUGAAUUAAUCGACUAAGACAAUUAAACGACUAGGAUGUAAAUUAAAGAGUUAAUAUCGAACUCCGGUGACGGAGCUUGGGACUUAGCAUGCUCAGUUAAAUAAACUACAAUCGUGAUCGUAGGCACACUAU